UAAUUAUUUUGGCCCGAAUUAUUGCAAUCUUGGGCGGCAUUAUGUGCAUAAAUGUUGUAAUUGUUUCCCCAAUUGAGUCAAUUCCUCAUAUUAAAUUGUUCCAUAUUAUCCGUUUUAAAGAUCACUCAAUAAAAUGAAUUAUGAAAAUACUCAAAAUUUGUCCAGGGAUUUUCUAAAUCUACUUAAAAAUACUAACGACUAUAAUGUAAAAAUUAUUGUCGGUAAAGAACCAAGUAUUAAAGAAUUUAAGGCGCAUUCUGUUGUCUUGUCUUCUAGGUCUCUUUAUUUUCAAAAAGCAUUGUCCACACAGUGGGCAAGAAGAGAAAAUGGAAUUAUUAUUUUCCAGAAACCCAAUAUUUCGCCUUUUGUGUUUGAAGUUCUUCUUAAGUGAGUUGUUUGUAAAAAAAAUCAAAAAAGAAUUUUUAUUAUCGGGCAAAAAGCCAAAUUUUUAUUUUAUUUUUAUAUAUGUAGAUA